UCUCUCUCUCCCGUUCUUCCAUCUUACAUUUUCUAUCCACGAAUAAUUUCUCAGAGAGAGAGCUGACUUGUCGCCAGCCCGGUGUCAAAAUCGCGUUUUCACUCUGGCAUUUUGUAUUCUUGUAUUUUUAUUUCACCACUCAUUUGAAUUUGCCUUUGCUUCCCUUGUACGAUUCUCUCAACGACUUGACGUCGGAUUUCCCACAUGAUAAAGGGACAUUGGCAAGCAGCAUGUGACCCCCACCCCCUCUCAUCUCACCUUGGAAAAAAAAAAUGGAUACGCCAAGGUGCUAUAUUGCCGAUGACCUGGGAAAAUCAAAGUGCAAACCCCACUUGUAACAAAGAUUCACUUUACUUAUCAUUCAACGCAAUAUCAUUGUCUUUACGGCUACGCUAAAGGGACCACGGAUGGAAUGAGUCGCUGACCAAAAAAAAAAAAAAAAAAACCAAAAAAAAAAUUGUGAUGUAGUAUAUUUGAACGGAUUGUGUGGGGGAUGUUGUAUUGCGUUUGCGACAGCUCCCGCUUUUGUUGGCCGACCUGAUCCC